AUGUGGAAACACUACGAACAUGCUUCUCCAAAAAGUACAAAUUCAUGUAAUAGCAAAAUCAAGAAAGCAGCAGUAAAAAGAUCAUUUCAAGAAGUCAACAAUACCGAGUCAACUCAAUUAAACCCACCAAAGAAACAAUGCGGUGAUUCAUCUGAUAAUUAUGGAAUAAAAGAAGCAUUCAAACGUGUAGAUUCUUUCAAAGAAGGAGGUUCUAUAUCAGAUAAAAUUACGAAUGCAAUUUUAUUUAUGAUAUGCAAAGAUUUACUUCCUAUUUCUACUGUAGAACAUGAAGGGUUUUUAACACUACUUAAGAUUUUGGCACCUCUUUACAAGCCUCCUUCGACCAAAACAAUGACUAAAAGACUUGAAUCUCGACACGAUGUCAUGAAACAAGCUUUUGUUAAAGAACUUCAAGAUGCAGAUCAUUAUUGUUUAACCUGUGACAACUGGACUGACUCUUCUAAUAAAAGCUAUUUAGGAGUAACAAUUCAUUACCUACAAAAGUCUUCUAAAAUGAAAAGUGGAUGUCUUGGAUGCUUUCCACUUCAUGAGCAUCAUACAGCUGAGUACCUUAAACAAUCGUUGCAACAAUUAUUCGAAGAAUUUAAUAUCACAACGGAAAAACUUACAGCUAUAAUAUCGGAUGGCGAGGCAGCUAUUAAAAAAGCUUGCACUGAAAUAGUUGGAAAAGAUAAACAUAUUGUUUGUAUUGCUCAUGUUGUAGCUCACCUUCUUCCCGACGCACUAACUAAGUUUCCAGAAUUAACUAGUAUCAUUGAGCAAAUAAAAUCCAUAGUGACACUUAUCAGAAGAAGUAUUCCAGCAUCAGAUAAGCUUAGAGAGUUGCAAUUAAAAGCAAGAAAGAGUGAAGGAACUGCACUUAGCCUUAUACAAGACGUUCCCACUCGAUGGACAACAAAAGUUGACGCGAUUGAAAGGUAUAUGGAAUUGGAACCAUAUAUUUAUGCAGCCAUGUCUGAAUGUGCAAAUCCUAUUGACGUCUUAAAUAGAGAACAGAUAAAAAUUCUUAAUGAUAUAUUCCCAUUAAUGAAGCCUAUAAGAGAUGUUAUAAAAGAGAUAAGUGGAGACUCGUAUCCUACCUGCAGCAUAAUUAUUCCCAUCAUUCACUGUAUGAGAAAAAAAAUAGAUGACGUCAAUCUUCAAACAGAAAUUGGGAAAAAUUGUAAAAUAAAGAUUCAGGCUGCUAUAUCACAAAGAUUUAAAAACUUUGAGCAUGUUCCGCUAUUAUCAAUGGCAACUAUAUUAGAUCCUCGAUUUAAAAAAGUCCAUUUCAAAGAUGUAUUAGCUGUUUAUCCUGCUAUAAGCCGAAUCAACGCUAAGCUUAAAGAUUUUAAGUCAAAAACUCCUGAACAUCUACUUGAAUCUCAAACAGAAAAAUUGGAGAGUAUAUGGGAUUUCCAUGACACGUUAGAACUGGAACAAAAAUAUAUUUCUAAUGCAUCAAAGAAUCUAGAACUUGAGCAGUACCUACAACUAGAAAGGAUCCCGAGGAAGGACGACAUUUUUAUGUACUGGAAGAGUGUGGAAACAACUUUUCCUUCACUUAGCAAACUAGCUUUAAGACAUUUGUCAGUAAUUGGAACAUCCGUUCCCUGCGAACGCUUAUUCUCAAAAGCAGGAUUGAUUAAGCGUGAUAAUCGGAACAGAUUAACUAGCAGGCACCUGAAUAUAUUCUCAAUAGAAAUGGAAAUCAGGUGCCCUAAAGUAAAUAAAAAUAAUUUGAAGCGUACAUAA